CGCUUUUCUUGUUUUUAUUUUUGUUUUAUCUUGGAGAUCCAGCGCGAUGUCGUAUCCUCAGGGUUACCUGUACCAUCCCGGCCCGGGUUCUCUGGCUCUCUACCCGCUCCGAAGUGAAGAACUGGAGCUGGCGGCUCGGUGCUCCUCUUCAUCUUCGUCUUCUUCCUCCUCUUCUUCAUCCUCCACCGGAUCCGCGUUUACACCGUACCCCGCAUCGGCCGCCUUCGCCGCAUCCGCCGCGGGAGGCUUCGCCAGCGCUCUGCCCUACACCGACCCGACCACUGGCUUCCCCUCCUACAUGGCCUCUCCGUAUGACCCCCCUCCCCCAGCCAUGGCGGCUCCUCUGGGGUUCCCUCCGUAUGGCAGUGCUGGGUUUCCUCCUUCCCCAUAUCAGCUAAACGACCCGGCGUACAGGAAGAACGCCACCCGUGAUGCCACCAGCACCAUGAAGGCCUGGCUACAGGAACACAGGAAGAACCCAUACCCCACCAAGGGUGAGAAGAUCAUGCUGGCCAUUAUCACCAAGAUGACCCUCACCCAGGUUUCCACGUGGUUUGCCAACGCCCGUCGGAGACUGAAGAAAGAGAACAAGAUGACAUGGGGAGCUCAGUGUAAGAGUGAUGAUGAGGAGGAAGAGGAAGGAACUCGUACUGAGAGGAAGGACGAUGAGGAGGAGGAAAAACACAACGACAACGGAGAUGCAUCUGCAGAGGACGAAGGUAUCAGUUUGCACGUCGACUCCCUGACCGACCACUCAGUCGAAUCAGAUGGAGAGAAAGUCCCCUGUAGGAUCGAUGGCUUCCCCUGCAAACCUGUACCUGACCUAAAGGACAAACGUUCUGAGAUCGACCUGACCUCGCCUCACGGGAGUCAUGGCAGUCUGUCGCCCAAACCCAUGACAUCAUCGCCCCUGAGCGGAGUGGAGGCGCCGGUCUCGGACCCGCACCGCGACAAAACCAAGGUCUGCACGGACACUCAGAGCCAAAACACCAAGCCCAAGCUGUGGUCAUUGGCCGAAAUUGCCACUUCAGACAACAAACAGAACCAGAACUGCUCCUCGACGGGCGGGAUUUGGUCCUCCGGCCAGUCAGGUGCUUCUCCCACUGCAUCCAUCUUGGCAAGGCCCAUCUAUUACACAUCACCUUUUUAUGGCAAUUACGGCAGUUAUGGGAACUUCGGGCAAGGGAUCCUGCGCUAUGGUUCAAUCCAUAAACACAGUCCUGAGACCAUGCUAAAGGUUAAUCAUGCUAAUCAAGUCCAGACGGAGCAGCACUUCAUCAGGGCCUCGAAUGCAGAAGCUAAGAAAGCAGACUUAGGUGAAGUGUGUACACUCGGUCCUCAGUACUUCCUGUCAAGCUAAAGAUGAAGAAGCCAGUAGCAUCAGGAUUGAGCCAUCUUCAUCCUCCUCCUCCUCUUUAAGCUGGCAUUCACUUCAGGAUCAAAUCUGGUGCCACCUACAAACUUUAUGAACAAUUUAUAAACAAUGUGGACCUCUAAGGACCCAAAUCGCAUUAUUGGACGUUUUGAUGAAGUGUGCAUUUAUUCAUAUAAAUAUUAUGUAACCAUAAAUAAAGGGACGAUUUCUCAGGAGUUCAUGGUGGAGGCCACACCUGGGACUUUAAAGACUGUAAAAGCAGAACGCAGAAAGAUAAGGAAGACGAUGAUGCUGCGCCGGUGAAGAGUGUAAUACAAACACCUGGAAUACAUUUGAUAUUUAUUUUUGUAAAUGACGGCAGGAUGCCUGUAUAAUUUAUGCAAGUUGUAUUGCAACGACAAAAACCUGACGUUUGUUUUGUAAAUAGACGAUGGUUGGUUUUUAUUUAAGAGAAACGAUUGAGGGUACGCAAAAAUAUUGUUAACAAAAAUACUUUUACUAAUUUAUAUCUUGCAUUGUAAAUAAAAAAACAAGUGCUAAUCCA